AUUACACGAAACAAAAAUUUAAAAAGUACGUCGGACACCGCGUAUAAAAAAUUGCAGUCAUUAUAUUUUAAUAACAGUGUCCUAAUGAAAAUUUAAAAUGGAAAAAGUACCCGAAAAGCACGAUGUUCCAAAAGACACAACCAUAAAAGCACCGAGACCGUCGUCACCGAGAAAAUUUUUCGCGCGUAUUUAUGGUCAUCUAGAGGAUAAUUCCACAGAUAAUGAUCGAAAUCGACCACAGAGAACUGAAUCACAUGAGAGUGAAUCCUCCUCGGAUUUGGAAAUAGGGGAAGUGGAUACUCAAAGACCGCAGUGGCCCCAAGCUCCCUUACCUUUGUGUCCUCGUCCUAUACUGAUGCCUCAUCAUCAGCUUGCCUUCGGUGCUGGUCUGGCUGCGUUCCUAGCCCGAAGAAGACGCAAAGAAAGCCGGCCGCGACGCCAACGAACCACAUUCUCGGCCCAUCAGACGCUUCGCUUGGAGCUUGAAUACGCAAGAGGAGAAUAUGUUGCACGUGCUAGAAGAUGUGAAUUAGCGUCCGCCUUAUCACUUAGCGAAACGCAAGUUAAAAUCUGGUUUCAAAAUAGAAGAGCAAAAGACAAAAGAAUUGAGAAGGCGCAUUUGGACCAACAAUACAGACAAUUAGCAGCGGCGUCCGGUUUCUUUCCGACCAUGUUACCGCCGUCAUACAACGCGCCACCCUGUCCCUGCUUACCAAUACAACCUACAUCCUUAGCAAAUGAUAAAUAAACACACACAAGAAAAUCUUCUUAGUUAAUAUACCUAUUGUUAUUUAACUGUGAUCGUGAGGUUCAGAAACUUAUGGGAUACUUUAAUUUUAACCCUUAGGGCUCAUUUACACGAACGGCACGAUGCCGA